GGCCGGCCGCCGCGCUCCCGCCUGGGCGCCCAGCUAUGUACUCCCCGUACUGCCUCACCCAGGAUGAGUUCCACCCGUUCAUCGAGGCGCUGCUGCCUCACGUCCGCGCCUUCUCCUACACCUGGUUCAACCUGCAGGCGCGGAAGCGCAAGUACUUCAAGAAGCACGAGAAGCGGAUGUCGAAGGACGAGGAGCGGGCGGUGAAGGACGAGCUGCUGGGCGAGAAGCCCGAGAUCAAGCAGAAGUGGGCAUCCCGGCUGCUGGCCAAGCUGCGCAAAGACAUCCGGCCCGAGUUCCGAGAGGACUUUGUGCUGACCAUCACCGGCAAGAAGCCCCCCUGCUGCGUGCUCUCCAACCCCGACCAGAAGGGCAAGAUCCGGCGGAUUGACUGCCUGCGCCAGGCCGACAAGGUGUGGCGGCUGGACCUGGUCAUGGUGAUUUUGUUUAAGGGGAUCCCCCUGGAAAGUACUGAUGGGGAGCGGCUCUACAAGUCGCCCCAGUGCUCGAACCCCGGCCUCUGCGUCCAGCCACAUCACAUUGGAGUCACAAUCAAAGAACUGGAUCUUUAUCUGGCUUACUUUGUCCACACUCCAGAAUCCGGACAAUCAGAUAGUUCAAACCAGCAAGGAGAUGCGGACAUCAAACCACUGCCCAACGGGCACUUAAGUUUCCAGGACUGUUUUGUGACUUCCGGGGUCUGGAAUGUGACAGAGCUGGUGAGAGUAUCACAGACUCCUGUUGCGACAGCAUCAGGGCCCAACUUCUCACUGGCAGACCUGGAGAGUCCCAGCUACUACAACAUAAACCAGGUGACCCUGGGGCGGCGGUCCAUCACCUCCCCUCCUUCCACCAGCACCACCAAGCGCCCCAAGUCCAUCGAUGACAGUGAGAUGGAGAGCCCUGUCGAUGAUGUCUUCUAUCCUGGUACAGGCCGCUCCCCAGCAGCUGGCAGCAGCCAGUCCAGUGGCUGGCCCAACGAUGUGGACGCAGGCCCGGCUUCUCUAAAGAAGUCAGGAAAGCUGGACUUCUGCAGUGCCCUCUCCUCUCAGGGCAGCUCCCCGCGCAUGGCUUUCACUCACCACCCGCUGCCUGUGCUUGCUGGAGUCAGACCAGGGAGCCCCCGGGCCACGGCGUCGGCGCUGCACUUCCCCUCCACGUCCAUCAUCCAGCAGUCGAGCCCGUACUUCACGCACCCGACCAUCCGCUACCACCACCACCACGGGCAGGACUCGCUGAAGGAGUUUGUGCAGUUCGUGUGCUCGGACGGCUCGGGCCAGGCCACCGGACAGCCCAACGGUAGCGGCCAGGGCAAAGUCCCGGGGUCAUUUUUGCUACCGCCGCCGCCUCCAGUGGCCAGACCUGUGCCCCUUCCUAUGCCUGAUUCCAAAUCCACCAGCACUGCCCCAGACGGCGCCGCCUUGACUCCUCCAUCACCUUCAUUCGCAACGACAGGCGCCUCCUCUGCCAACCGGUUUGUCAGCAUCGGACCCCGGGACGGCAACUUUCUGAACAUCCCACAGCAGUCUCAGGUAGGAGGCUCCACCCGCGAUGUGGAUGUGGGCGCAGGGGGAAGAGGCAGGGGCGGGGGCAUCAUGGGCGUGAGGGAAGACGCUGGCUCCUUGAGGCCAAUCCGGGAGAAGGGGCUACGGCAGGGCUGGAGGGCCCAGGCUUUUGCAAGCCCAGCUGAGCCUGCCUCCCCAGGCAGCCCCCAGGUCCCCUAGCUAAUCAGCUAAUUGGAUAAUUAGCUCUGACAGCCCCGGCCCUGGGGAAGGCGGCCAAAGACCUGAGGCUAGAGGCGCUCUGGGCCAGGCCUGGUGGUAGCCCGAGGCCCCGUCAGGAAGAGGACAGCGUCUGCCUGUUGCUCUCCUCCCUCUCCAGCUGGAAGCCCUGGCCCCCAGCCCUCCCCUUCUUCCUUGGCUUUGGGUGGGCUGGGCAAGGGGUGGAGGAGGGACAGAGCCGUCCUGGUGGGCUAAUUGCCCAGAGACUCUGGCACCCAGGGUAGGGCAGGGCCUGUUGCCACCCUGGAGGCCCCUCCCUCAGGUCCCCAUGAAUCCCGUUAGAGGGGAGGCCGGGCUGUUGGAACCUCCAGUCCAGCUCCCGCCCGUCCCCAGUUCUCACAAGGAAAACUCCAGCCCUCCUGCUGGAAUGCCCUGGAUCUGGUUUUGUACAGGCAUCUGUGCUCUCGCACGCACGUGGGCCCCCUCCUCCCUGUGCCUGUCCCCCAGAGGCUGCGACUAGCUCACAAAGCCCCGGGGCCUUGGGGUUUGGGGAAGACCCACCUCAGGAGCAGGGUGGAGGCCGGUUUUACAAAGCCCCAGGCUUCUCGGAAAGGAACAUGCAAAUAAUCUUUCUCUUUUGCACAUUUUACCAAAACACCACCCUGUGAGCCCAAGGCCUGGAGGCUUUUUCUCCGCCCCAGGAAAUCCACCCCAGCCCAGAGCCCCAGGGCCACCUCUUGCUGCUCCUGCUCCUUUACUGCUCUGAGGCCUGAGUCCAGAGAAAGUCGGUGGAUGGAAGUUUUGUGUGUGUGGU